AUGUCCCUCCAGCAAUCCCUCACAGAGCUCCAAUCAGCCUUCGAUAAGGGCAAGACCGAGCAAGUCACGUCUCAGCUUAGCAAGCUCAAGCUCGAGCUAGCCAAGUCCGGUCUGUACUUUGCUCCCCCAACAGCCACCUCUAACGACCUCGUCGUCGCCCGCUCGAUCCUCGAACUCGCCUCGUUCCACUCCCUCCGCCUGCACUCGCUCAAAUCAUACACUGCAUACAAUGCCGCCCUCCAGCCAUUCUACGCUCUCCCAAACCUCCCGUCCUCGCCAAACAGGCCGGUCAUAUUAGGGCUGUACCUCCUGGCGUUACUGAGCGGGGGUCAGUUGACCGAGUUCCACACGUUGUUGGAGAGGUUAGGACCCGGGGAGAUGGGGGAUAGCUUUGUGAAGCUCCCAGUGGACCUCGAACGGUGGUUGAUGGAAGGCGCGUACAACAAGGUGUAUCGGGCGAGGGAAAGGGUGCCGAGGGAAGAGUUUGGAUUCUUGCUCGAGAAGCUUAUGGGGACUGUCCGGGCUCAAAUAGCAGCCACGAUCGAGGCGUCAUAUCCCUCCUUGGGGAAACAGAACGCGUCAGGACUGCUGUUCUUCAAGUCAGGAGAGGAGAAGGACCUGAUUGAGUUCACUUCUUCUCGCAAAUGGACACUCAACCCCUCCACCUCAACAUUCACCUUCCCCUCUACCAGCCCCGACGAUACUCCUACCUACAACACCAGCGCCAAUCCCUCCGCCACCUCUUUUGGGGCAACCGGAAACAGCAUGUCUGGCGGAGUGACCCGGGGGAUCCCGAUGCGGACGAUGGUGGGGCCUGCGCUGAGGUUGGCGCAGCAGCUGGAGGCUAUUGUGUAA